AUGGCGCGCCCGAAAAUAGUACGGGCGCCGACAACAGCCAGUCUUCCAAACAACCUCCGCAUUCCCUCGACUACGUCGUCCUUGACCAAGACCCUGGGCAAACUUUCCCGGCCCGCACUGCUGGAUCUAGCUUUAUCAUGGCUUGACGAUAAAAACAUCGAAUCAUUCCCGCCCUACCUCAACCGCAAAAAUGACAACAACCCCGACGACGAAGAAGCAUUACCCUACCCCGCCGCAGAGACCAUUGAAGAAGUGCGCCAGGCAUACGAGGAUCUACAAGAGAGGAAGGGUGGAAAGCGAGAAGUUCUUGAGCGCAUUCUAGAGGGCGACUGGCGACACGGAAUCACCCUGCGACAGCUCGCAAUGGCUGAUCUCCGCUACAUGGACGACCACCCAGCAAGCUUGCGCUGGACAGCACUCGAGCUUACUCGCAUCGAGACUCAAUCCAAAGGGUCUUCCGCGAAUGAAGACUGGUCCAGCAGCAUCCCCCGCAUACAAGCCGCCACUUUCGUGAAAGCUCUCCAGCAGGAAAUCGCUUCGCUCGUAAAAGCGCAUUACCAUCUCGCGCGCUCCUCAACCCUCCCUAUCACAUUCCUGCGCAUAUUCAUCCUUAACUCGCCCUACCAGUCUCCCCGUCAAGCUCCCGAGGUAUUCGCCGACUCGUCGCGCGUCAUCUAUGUUGCUUUCCCGGACAGCUGUCCCUACAUCUACACAUCCAUCACGGCCUCUUCGGGCUCUAAACCAUCUGCGCCCUCGUCUAGCUCUAUUGCUACGGACCCACGGAGUCUUCAGCGUCUGGUACGCGAUGCCGUUCCAAAAGCUCUCUCCCGCCCCCAGGAGCGAUAUACCGUCAAAGCUACGGCGCUAGCAGCGAAGAAUUUGCCAACUCUGUUAGCCCUGCGCGGACCGGGUCGCUCAGCAGCCGCAAAUGGUAGCUAUAGUAUAUUUGCAGAUGCUGCUCUAGAAGGAAGUCCGUUGGAUCCGCGUCCAUCUAAUACCGUUCCUGCAGAGGAGCAUAUGCGUGGUGCGAGGAAACCCGUUGAUAAUGAGGAUAAAGAAAAUGGGAACGCGGGAGAGGAAUCCCAAUUGCCUUUCGUUUCAUCUAAAAAGCGAGUCUCUGGAAUCACUGAUCCUAAUUUGUUAUCACCGACGUCUAAAAAGAGGCGAUUAGCCGUGGAUUCACGUUUUGGCUCGGCUGGGUCUUCGCUCACUCCCGCACCGUUGGACCGUUUGGAUGUUCGACUUUUAGAUUUGCCUGAUUUCGGCGACGAGGACAAUGAGGUGGAUAGACUGGCCGGGGCAGUGCCUCCCGUGUCACUGUCGUUCACUGGAGCCGAUGUGAUUGGUGGUAUUCGGAGGCUCGCUGAACUGGGUGUAGUGGAUCCGGAACGCAUGCCAUCCUGGAUGACAGGGGAAGAAGCUGUGAGCAUGGCUGUUAUUCGGGAUGGCCGCCGAAUCCAGAAGACAGAUUGA